AUGGCUGAGAAGAAGGAUCCAAGGACCCUCAGCUGCAUCUGGGCGAAGCAUGGUGCCAAGUGGUGCUCCCGGUGGCCAUGGCUCACAGCAGUGGAGGAUGAAGCUGGGAAAGUGCAGUGGCUAGGUUGCUCGACCUGCUCUCAGUGUCCGGGGAAGCAGAGCGAUCAGAACCCGUUCGCAGGCUGCCGUGUCCCUGCUUCAUCGGCUCAAACAUCCGUCUUCGAGAACCAUGCGAAAUCCAGGGCGCACAAGGAGCGAAGUGAAAGCCUUGGGGCCGAUAGCGGCGUUCCAGUUGUAGCACCUUCGGUUCGAGAGUUUGCUGAUGUCUUGGAUGCCGUCUUCAAGGGCGACUCAGAGCUGGAUAGCUGUGGACCUUGGAAGUUCCGUUGCAUGACCUGGUGCUUGGCAGAAGCGCACCGCAACGUGCUCCGCGAGAAGCUUGCUAAAUCUGAGUCCAUAUCCCUGGUCCAGGAUGUUCGUAAGAACCAGCUGCUCGUGAUGUUCACUUCGGUCGACGCAGGUUUGGAGGUGACGUCGGGAGUGCUUGGACAAGUGGAUCUUGCGGAACGCUCCAGCUUUCAGGCCAAAGGACUUUUUCGGGGCACCGUCCUCGUACUCGGGAGGUUUGUUGCCAGAAAUCUUGGAAAGCCUGUUCGUGAUGGCAAUCCGACAGGCACCUUGGACGAGUCUCUGCUGCAGACAAUCAAAGCGAAGGUCGAGCUCUACGCUACGGACGCUGCUGCAGAUGAGCAGCGCGCUGGGAGGCUGCUGCAGCGAUUCUUCAGCAGCCUCCAGGUCGUACAAUAUGACAAAGCGCACGCUGCGCAGCGAAUACUGAGCAGGACGUGGCCCACGGACCCUCAUAUUCAUCGCCUAGUUCAGGAGCUCGUCACUGGCGAGAACGCUCUGACACAGAAGAUUCGGCAUUCCGGCAUAUUUCGGAAGAGAUGGGAGGAAGCCGUCGCUGCCAUGACCCCUCAGGCGAAGCGAAAGAUCAAAAACCUGGCCUGCGCGAAGCAUAGAUGGUUGUCCGCAGCCCUUCCGUUUCGUCGCGCUGUCUUGUACUUGCGUCCUCUUAUACGAGUCGCCCAGAGCAUUGUCGCGGAACGUGGCCGCGGGACACCGGAAGGGGAGACAGCACAUCGUUGGCUUUCCAAUCUGAGCAGCGAGACCGCGCUGCAACUGGCCAUGGUGGCUGAUGCCACCGACGAGACUCUAGCUGUCAGUCGUUUUUUCGACAAAGAUACGUACAACAAAGCGGAGCUCACGGCCGAAAUCAGCAAGUUUCUCUGCAAGUGCACCUGGUUGUUUGAGCGCCGAGGUGUUCUGGGCACAGGCUUCACCGCUUACAUACUGGAGCUUUUGAGACGUUCCCCGUGCAAUUUCAACUUAGGUGGGAAGGUGUGCAGCAUCCAGUCGCCCAGCCAGCACGACAUCGAGAGCUGCCUUCAGCGGAUGACAAACUGGCUCCAGCUCGUUCGUUUAACAAUCCAAGCAGAAUUUCCUCACUUCGAAGCUUUGCAAUUGUUUCGGCUGUUCGAUCUACAGUCGACACCGAUGCCCUCCGACAUGGAGCGGAUGUCGCAUUUGCUUAAGCUGAAUCAUGCGCAAUUCAAAAGGGAAUUCGAGGACCUGCGGCCCAGCGCCGAGUGGCAUUGGCGGCAUGGGCAUCCCGAUUGUCAGCUGGCAUGGCAUGCAGCCGCCAAGAAGACCCCGCCAGGCGAGAGCCUGAACGCUGCUCUCAUCCGAUACUUGUCCUGGCAGGCGAACACCUCCCCGCUUGAGCGCGGUUUCGCAAAGUCCGUGCAGAGCUGCUCGAAGAACCGAGCUGACGUGUCCGAAACCAGGGUGGACGACCAGAUGCAACUUCUCAGCUUGUGCCGCACCACAGGAAGGGGUCGGGCCAGAGCACUUCCAAAACACGAGAAUCUUAUCGAAUCUGCACGAGUCCUCUGGACGUCACACUUUGGGCUGCCACGCAACCGGCAGAGAGUGCCAGAGCACCUGCGAGGACGGAAGCGCAGUGCCAGCAGCGACAGCACAGAGACGAGCUUCCUGAAGAGACGGCGUUCUGAAGUUGAGCAGGGAGCGGCAGGAGUGGACUCUAAAGAUGCCUUUGCUGCUGCAGAGCGGCAAGUGGGGGUCCAUGGCUGGCAGCAAUCGCACGAGGAUGAAAGACGUUUCUUGCAGCUGAAGCAGAAAGGUCGCUUCUGUAUGGCCGUCCGUGACGGCGCUCUGCCGUGGGACAAGCUGUCCCAAAGGCUCAAGGAUUUCUACCUGGCUUACCUCGCCAAUGACGACAGACUGUCUGCACAGGCCUGGAAGAAGAACUCCUUCCGAUUCCAGCGUCCUGCCUUCCCGAACUUGACCGGUGGCUCCAUCUGGUGGACGGAGGAUGCGCAAAGGCACGGCACCGAGAUCCAGAUGCGGCGAGUCAGCCGCAAGCUUGGCUUGGAGAUCGUGGAGAGCCCUCUCCAGGCCACGGUGCACGUGUGGUUGCAGCUGACACAGCCGGCGUCCGCUGCGGACAUGUGGAUGGUGGCUCUGCAUGGCAAGUUGGUGCUGGACCUGACAUGCUUCUUGUCCGAGGGCCGGAAAGGCGGCUUUCUCGUCUACGAGGCGGCCAUAGCUGUACAGCGCUGCAUCCAUGUGACCCCUCGAUUUGCAAGAGACCAUGCACGAAUAGCGCACGACAUCUUGUACUACUGCAAACCCCGUUUCCGGGGCUUGUCCCGAUGGGUGGCUGAAAACGCUUUGCCGGAGUUUCGGAAGCAGAUGCAGAAGGCCCUGGCGGCUAAGAAACCUACCAGGGUGCUCGUCUUCGGAACCGACGUGGACAAGCAGAGCGACCUUGGGCAGGUCAAGCUGUUCGUGACUGCAGCCGACUUGCAGGUCUUGUUGCAUGUGGAUGACAAGCGCUCUUGGUAUGGCAUGGGCCCGCAGUGA